UGUCGGGCUCGCUGUGAGCAGAAGCGUAGGUUUGACUUGCUUUGGCUAUAAAAGCAGCAUUUGUGUCUUCCAGAAUGUCUGAGAAAGGGCUCAGGUUCAUGUGCUGUCUCAGGCAAGCAAAUCCUUUCAAUUUUGGUGGGUUUUCUGAGAAUUUGCUCACUCUGAGGCUGGGACAGCUCCUGGAUGUUGCCCAAACAGGAAGCUGCUCUUGCUGUGAUGUGCAGGGUUUGGGCUAAAGUGAUGUUUUCACCAAUAAAAUCCCUUCCUUUUAUUGCUCUGUGCCUGUUUGUGGCACAGCGUGUCCAGAGCCGUGUUCCCAGGCUGUGAUGGGAAUAAAGGGCAGUUGAUAGAUGAACAAAUGUGCUGUGAAAAAAGGAAUGGCCCCUCUGGUCCUGGCUGAAGCUGUGUUUGCUGCUUCCGCUCCGCUGCUAAUCGAAGUUCAAUUGGAUUUGAACAAGAUUUAAAUCCUGUGUUGUGCUCCUGGAAGGGAGAGCUGCAUCUCCAACCCUGCACAGGGAGCUGGAAAAGUCUCCCUCAUCCCUCUGGGUGAUGUGCAGAGCAGAAAUUACUGCAGGAUGAUCUCUAGAACCAAAAAAAAAAAACCAAAAAUACCUCCUGGAUGGUCUGUGUGUCUCUUCAGACACCUGAUUGUUUGCACUGGGACCUGUGUAGUCGAUUUGUCACUUCCUGUGGAAUUAUUUUACAUUCUAGCAGGCUGUGGACAGCAGCAGACAUGGAGAGGCUGGUGGAGCGGUUGGAGAAGGCUGUGGAGCGCCUGGAGACCGUGUGCCAAGGCCCUGGCAUGUGUGGAGAUGCCCCUGCCAAAGGAGUGGCUCAGUACGUGCAGGCUUUCGAUGCCCUUCUGGCCGGGCCGGUGGCCGAGUACACCAAGAUCAGCAGAGAAGUUGGUGGGGAUGUGCAGAAGCACGCUGAGAUGGUCCAUGAAGGCUUGAUGAGCGAGAGGGCUCUUCUGGUGGUGGCAUCUCAGCAUCAGCAGCCAGCAGAGAACGUGUUCUCGGAGCUCCUCAAGCCCAUCUCGGAGCAGAUCCAGGCCGUGCAGAAUUUCAGGGAGAAGAACCGUGGCAGCAAACUGUUCAACCACUUAUCAGCAGUCAGCGAGAGCAUCCCAGCCCUGGGCUGGGUGGCCAUGGCUCCAAAGCCCGGUCCUUACGUGAAGGAAAUGACUGAUGCUGCCAUGUUUUACACCAACCGGAUCCUCAAGGAGUACAAGGAUGUAGACAAAAAACAAGUGGACUGGGUCAAAGCUUACCUGAGCAUCUGGACAGAGCUGCAGGCCUACAUCAAGGAGUACCACACCACGGGGCUGACCUGGAGCAAAGCGGGUCCUGUAGCCACAGCAGGGGCUAAAGCACCCCCUGCCCCCCCGGCUGGCCUUGCACCCCCUCCUCCAGGGCCUCCCCCUCCUCCUGCCCCCGGGAGCUCCAGCACGGACGACUCGGCCUCGCGCUCGGCGCUCUUCGCCCAGAUCAACCGGGGAGAAGGGAUCACCUCGGGCUUAAGGCACGUCUCAGAUGACAUGAAAACCCACAAGAAUCCAGCCCUGAAGAACCAAGGGGGUCCCGUGAGAAGUGGCCCCAAACCUUUCACUGCUCCCAAACCAGCCUGUAAUGCUAAUCCCUCCCCGAAGGCACCUCCAUUGCUAGAAUUAGAAGGCAAAAAGUGGAGAGUGGAAAACCAAGAGAAUGCCACUAACCUGGUCAUCAGUGACACAGAGUUGAAGCAGGUAGCAUAUGUUUUCAAGUGCACAAACAGUACACUCCAAAUCAAAGGCAAGAUCAACUCCAUCACCCUCGAUAACUGCAAGAAGCUGGGUCUGGUGUUUGAUGACGUGGUGGGCAUUGUAGAGAUCAUCAACAGCAGGGAUGUUAAAGUUCAGGUCAUGGGUAAAGUGCCAACGAUUUCCAUCAACAAGACAGAUGGGUGCCACGUGUACCUGAGCAAGAGCUCCCUCGACUGCGAGAUCGUCAGUGCCAAGUCCUCGGAGAUGAACGUGCUCAUCCCCACCGAGGGGGGAGACUUUACUGAAUUCCCUGUCCCAGAACAGUUCAAGACAGUGUGGAACGGUCAGAAGUUGGUUACCACUGUGACAGAAAUUGCUGGCUAAGCCGAAAAGCUCCAAGGCUCAUCCCCUGGCCCUGCUGUGGGACAAAUCUGCUUUCAGAUGAUUCUCUUAGAUUUCUUGUACCUUUCUGCUCUCAAACUGCUUCUCUUCUACCCGAGAGACACAGCUGCCUGCCAUCACUGAGAUUCCUCUGCCUGGGGCUUGGGGUAGGUGGCGGGUCAGUGGUUGUCCACCUCUCUCAGCAGGAAGGUGUAUUUUUCUCUCCCCUUGUCCCAUCUAACUGCACCAACCGAUCAGAGUCUCGGUGAGCUUCACAGCCAGUCCUGGCAGUUGGCUUUCAGAGUGUUGUUUUCGUCUUGCCUUUAAGCAAAGCUGUUGAUGUGAGAGGAGUGUUGUCCCCUUUUGAAGGAGUAACGGUGUCUGUCGGAGUUCACAGUCCCCAGCCCUAGAGCAGCUGUCCUGGGAAGCUCCUGCAAGCUGCUCGUUCCAGCCUCUGGAGCAGCUGGUGCCAUCACAGGACACGGGAACGGUUUUGUCGGACCAAAGGCUGAGGACUUGGGCCAAUUCCACCCUGAUUUCUCUUCCAUCAUUCCCACUAGCUCAGUGCAUUCCUGAUUGUGCCAUGACAGGAGGCUUUCGUUCCCCAGUGCCACAGGAAGGCUGCAGCGCUGUCACCACGGCCACCCAGCAGCCUGGCUGGUAGCUUGGAGCUGAGCACCUCUCAUUCCAUCAGCCCUCCACCUUCACAAGGGAAUCUUUGCCCCAGGGCUUCCUUCCUGGAGCAGCUGAACUCAGCUUCAGUCUCCCAGGAUGGUUUUUGUGUCCUUCCCCAGAGGAAGGAGCUCCUCCAUUCCAGGUCAGUAGUGCAGAGCUGUAAAUACCCGAGUUGGAUCGAGUCGGUUCAUCACUCUCUUCCUCACUGCAAUCAGCCCCCACUGAAUCCUCCCCCUUUUUCCCCCUGUUGCUUGGCUCUUUAUUUUGGUGGAAGCUCGUAGCCUCUGUUCCAGGGCCCUGGAGCAGAGUGAUGGAUCACACAGUACUGUACUGACCCAUAAAGGGAGCUGCACGUGCUUUGACCUUCAUUUUUCCAACGCCUCGGGUGGCAUAAGCAUAUCUUAAAUGCAUUUCUUCUGUAAAGUGUCAAUGUUCUUUUUCUCUAGUACAAAACUUACAAAAGAAAAAAAAAGAGAAAAAAAUUAUGCAAUUUUUUUUUUUAUUUUGAAACUGUCCUGUGACUUGUACUUGUCUUCUCCUGAGGCUUGUGAAAAAACCUUUCUUAUGUACUUAAGAUUAUACAGAAGAUAGAAUAAAGUUAAUGCCAACUUGCUCAUUA